UCCCAUAAUAUUGUGUGUCCAUAUUGAGACAGUAGUAAUUGGGUGUGUAAAGUAUGGCAUAUGUGGCGGAAACUACAGACUGCUUCAGUCAGUUUCAGUGGCCAGAAGGGUCGGAUAUGGCUUCAACGGAAGGCGCAUUUCAGAUGGACUGCCAAGCGGAGCUACAAGUAGCUGAUAAGCAGGCAAUAGUUCUAGACGGUCUACAGGCCAUGGAUGAGGGCGAAGUUAUAGACAUUGGAUCGGAAAUCAAGCUGCCUAUUGUGCCAGAAGGUGCAAAUCUCAUAGAGGACCAACAACCAGCAAUCCUAGAGGUGCACCUUCCAGAAGAAAUGGACACAGAGACUGAUUCUGCCUUUUGUCCUCCUGCUGUCAGAGAUACAACAAAAGCUGGCUAUGACUGCAAAUUUCUCGAUCCAGAUGUUGCAUCCGAGUACAACUGCUCUAUAUGCCUGAGUGUGUCCAGAGACCCUCAGCAGACCAAGUGUUGCGGGAGCACCUUUUGUCUCUACUGCAUCCAGGAAGCACUCGCCUCCUCCAAAGGCCCCAGUUGCUCCAAGUGCAACAGUGAAUCUGUGGAGCUGAUCCCAGACAAGGCCCAGCGGCAGAAAAUCAACAAGUUGAAGGUCCGCUGCCCGAUAGAGGGGUGCCGGUGCAUUGUCGAACUUGCCGACAUUGAAGCCCACAAGAGAGUGCCGCACCCCGUAACUCCACCAACCAACCUUCACAGGGAGUCAAGGCAGCAAUACUAUAACACACUGCCCAUUCCACUUCACAAAAAGCAGCAGCCCAAGCCAGCAGAGACAGGUUGGAAGAGGCCUGUACCGACUCCGCGGGUACUCCUUUCAAAAUCUUCAGAAAACGAACAACGCGACUUCCCACACCUGCCAUUGUCACAACCAGAUCAGGAGGUGCCAGGCAGCGACCUAUCCAAAGACCACAAUGAGCUGCCCGACCACUUAAACCUCACAAUGACAAGGCCACGAGUGUCGCGACAAAGGCCAGACCCCUUCCCCGCCCGACCCAAAGAGGCAAAGAGGGUACAUCAACAUUGAAGCAAUGCCGCAGUCCACAGUAAUACCACAACCAGACACGUUACCAAACACCGACCAAAAUGUACCGCGCCAGAGCCAAACUGAGCCACAGCUGGUACCACUCCAGGACCAAGCUCAACCGACAACAAAUCAAACACACACAACAGCAUCUGAUGACAUCUACGAGAAUGUAGUUAUUGCGCCAAAGCCUCACAGCGCUUGUGAUCUCACUUUGCCAGAAGCAGGGUCUGAAACAGAAUCAGCACUACCCGUGACCAGCAGUGAGUUCAAGGUGAUUCUCAAACCUCGUGUCCCCAGAGAUCGUCCUUCCUCCCAGUCACCUCCCGGCGAGCAAGAUGAAAUGGCCCGCCCACCAUCGCCGCAAUCCCUACUGCUUCCAAAACUGCCCCAAUCACCUGUUAAACUUCAACACCCCGCCCACACUUAUGACCUGACACCCCACGUUCCAAGCAGCACUACUCCCCAGCCAGAUUAUGAAGUAGUUGCUACUCCAGGUCUUGACGAGUUUGGAAUGAUGCACUUCAGGGCCACACGUGAAGAAGCCAACCCACAAAGGACAGUGCAUAUGGAAGAACACACCAAUGUGGCCGUCCCUGAUCCAUCUCCGCUAAAUGAACAGGAAGUUCCAACGCAGAAUGUUUUUCCACAGUAUAUCAACGUUGCAUCCCCUGGACCACAGUUGCCAUUGCUACCAGACGACUUGCUCGCUCUCCUCGACAACCCAACAGCUUCGCCGCAACUGGAUCAGGUGCAAGGACAGUCAACCUACAAUGGAGCGCCACUUUCUCCCCUCUCCUCGCCUCAACUAGCGACACAACUGCUUACCCUGCCCGAACAACUCUUGAACAUGAUCCAGCCCGUGCCAGACGAAACAAUUCAGCCCAAAGCCACUGACAACGAAAAUGCACCACUUCUCUCGCCAACAGAAGGACCGGAAUAUGUAAACUUUUCACAGAAUCGUGAAAAUGAAGAAAGUUACGUCGAAAUCUCUCCAUUUCACGAAGGAAGCCAAUCUGAGCAAUCUGACUACGUUGAGGUAGCGUCACCACCUCAAGAAGAGACACCAUUUGAAUACCUUCCAAUGUCACCAUUCCACGAAGAAAUCCAGCCGGAAUACGUGGAGGUGACACAUCAACAGAACGAAGCCGAGGAACAAACAGCGGACGACUACGUUCCGAUGUCGCCACCUCCUCACACAAGCCUCGCUGACUACGUUGAGGUAGCGUCACCACCUCAAGAAGAGACACCAUUCGAAUACCUUCCAAUGUCACCAUUCCACGAAGAAAUCCAGCCGGAAUACGUGGAGGUGACACAUCAACAGAACGAAGCCGAGGAACAAACAGCGGACGACUACGUUCCGAUGUCGCCACCUCCUCACACAAGCCUCGCUGACUACGUUGAAGUAGAACCAGCUCGACAGAGGGAACCCAGCAGCGUUCCAGCCGCCCCACGACCAAGAGUUACCUCCAAAGAAUCAGAAUACGAGAUCCCAUUGCUCCAGGAUAUGGACCAACAAGAAUACGAGGGUGUUCCCAGCGGAGCCCAAGCAACAGCAACUGCAGAACAAGCCCAAGCAAAUGAGGCUCCAAUGUUCCUACCCCUACUUCCACCUCCAGAAGUCGUGGCCACUCUGCCGCAGGCACGCGCCCCAGAGGAGGAAAACUACGAAACGAUACCGGCAGCUGCUCGAGAGGAAGACGAUACGACGGAACACAUUUAUGAGCCCUUACCUCCACCACGCUCGCCGCCAACACCAGAGGAACCUGACCAGCCAAUGUACAUCGACGUACCAGAUCCGCUCCCAACAUCCCCACCACCCGUUUUACCACCUCGUUCGCAGAGUGAACCACCGGAACCACGCCUGAACCAAGAGCCUGCACCACCAGUACCGCCGCGACCAUCAUCACAAGCCAUCGCACCACCGGGAACCGCACCACAAGACCAAAACCAAGAGGCUCCAGUGGUCAGGGAAACGAUACCAGCACCAGCCACAGACGCCGUACCGGCACAACCACCCGAGACUGAAAUCAUAAACCAAACAGAAGACGGUGUUGCUGCGUUGAAUCAAGUCUUGCAGGAACUACAGCAAGGCAAUGCACUCGAACUGACGGAAUCCAUGCCUCCUCAAUACGAUGACCUCAGCCAAACUCCACGAUACAUAGACCUCGUCCAAAGCCCCGCGGUUCAACAGAAUCCGCUGCAGGCAGCUCCCAGCCCCCACGGACAGGCAUACAUCAUACAGAACAUAAACACAAACACAGCAACACGGGGUCCCAUAAGGGCCGAAAACGUUGACAUCCAUUACGAGAUGGGAGACAGACAGCAUCACAGGAACAAGAACAUGAAGAAAACACAAACACUGCUGUGGCUGUCUCUCAGCAUUCUGGCAGCUGUUCUCUGGAUGUUGCUAGUCGUCCCGCUCUCCGCGGCAGCACUGUUGGACGCUUUGAAAGAAGUUGAAGCCGAUAGGGCGCCGCUGGUUCCAUCGUGCCACUACAGCGUCCCGCUGUUGCUGGUUGUUCUUCUCACGCACGUCCUCGCAGCUGCUUUCAUCGUCUACUGGUUCAGCAAGUGUUGCAAGUGUGCACGCACCAAGAAGGCGAGUCGCUUGGCAACCCAAAUGACCGCGAUCAUUGCCACGGUUUACACAGUUGUGAUUAUUUCGUUUGCCGUGUCAGUGUUUUUGUUUGUCAACAAGGCAACAAACUCCAGCAACGAGGAAUCCACGACAACCCAAACCACCGUCACAACCAUGGCAACCACUGCAACAGAUUCAAACAACGACAACGAAUCGGAAGUCUGCAUCGAAACAAGCAGCGCUCCAUUUCUGUUUGCCACGUUCUACCUGCUCGCACUGCUGAUCUUCUUCGCGAUGGCUGUGCUAAUGACGUGCUGCGACUACCACUACAAACGAAAAGAGAGGAACUUUUUACUCUAUCUCAGAGACACUGUCCGCGUUUAUGAAAAUGAAGGGAGGGAAGAAGAUGAAGAGACGGCUCUAUAAUAAUUAUUGUUUCACUUACAAAUUGAAUGUAUGAGUUAUGUAUCUGCUUCGUACUUUUUUAAACGUUUGUGUGUGUGUGUGUGUGUGUGUGUGUGACACCUGGACGUAUUUUUUGAAAUGUAUGUACAUUUUAAAAAAAAUUCUAAACGCGUGUA